AUGUUUUUAGAAAACAACACAAUAGAUAUAGCAAUGAUAUCAGAAACCAAAUUAACUAGCAAAAAUUUCUUUAGUUUCAGAAAUUAUCAGAUUAUUAGAACAGACAGACCAAAUGUUAAAAAUGGAGGAGGAACAGCAAUCAUCAUCCACAAUCGUAUACCAUUCUCAGCAAUCACCUACCCAAAUUCACUACACAACAAAUCACUUGAAUUUUCAGUUGCCAAAAUAACAACACAAUCAAACAAUACUUUAAUUCUUAUCAGUAUAUACGCGCGACAUAGCAACAAACUAUCGUUCAUUAAUGAACUUUAUAAAAUUUUUACAGAUUUCAAACUUACAAAUGCAAACACAUAUCACAUUAUAGCGGGUGACUUCAACGCUAGACAUCCUGAAUGGGGAAGCAAUAUUAUCAACGCUCGAGGAAGACAAAUGUUCCAAUGGUACGAGGAAAUGUCCCUCCAAUACAGAACAGUACUAUACCCUGCAGCUGAACCAACCUUCCCAUCAGCAGGUUCAUUCCUAGAUUACUGCCUAGCAGACGCAAGAAUUGAACUACUCAACAUCAUCCAAGGUAAAAUUAAAAUCUUACCUUAUGAUAGCGAUCAUUCAGCACUAUUUUUUGAGAUAGAUACUAGCUCUCUUUUUGAUGGGAUAAAUUUUUCCACCCCAUCAAAUCCAACAUUCAAUUAUAAGAAAGCAAAUUGGAGAAAAUUCCAGAAAUAUCUAAUGGAUAACUACAAUCUAGAUAUACCCUUUAAUAGAAAUCUUACAAUCGACGAAAUUGACUCAUACAUAAUUAAUUUAGAAGAGACAAUAGCUGAUGCCAUAGAUAAAAUCAUUCUAAAAAACGAUCCACUAAGUAAUCCAGGUCAAUGGAAAUAUAUCAACAACAGAAUCAAGAUCCUACACUCCUACAAAAACCGACUAAUAACAAUACUACAUAACACUAUCAAGCUUCAAAAUUUCAGAAAUACGCAAGUAAUUAAAAACAUCAAAAAACAAAUUACCGAGAUCAACAAUCAACUCUAUAAAGAAUUCCAGAAAACAACAACAGCAUACUGGGAAGCCAAAAGCAGAAGUGUCAACUUCAGAGAUCCCAAAACAUUUUUUCCAACCAUAAAUAAAUUUUUUCGACGCAAAGAAGCUCCGACGAUAUCAAACAUACUGAUAAAUAAAAAUAACCCGAUUCUCAUCGAUGAACUGAAACAAUCAGAAGAAUUAACAGAACUAAACGACGAUCAAUAUAUAAUUACCAAAGAAACCUCCAAACUUAAUAUCAUAGGUAAGCAAUUUGAGAUUAUAAAUUCUCCAAGAUAUACAAAUCUUCUUACAGAUAUUAAGAACACAGCUGAUAAUUGCGCAGACGAGAUUAAGAAUUCCAUUCAAGCUAACAGACAAAAUAAUUCUACCAUCACAAAUUUCUCAAACGAAAAUAGGGCCUUCUACCCUUCUAUAGACCAAGAUGCUCCUAAAAUCUUCCACAGUUUUAUCACCACAUCAAUUCUACUCAAGAAAGCUAAAAACAAAACAUCAAGCGGAACAGACAACAUCCCGAUGAUUGUCCUAAAAAAUCUACCAGAACAAUUCAUCAAGGACUACACCGCAGUAGUUUUAAUAAUUUGGGAAUACCUCAGUGAGGGUAACAAACCGAUACAAAAAAUUAAUCGGGUGCGUUUAAAUCCUGAACCUCCGGGACUAUCUUUAGGAGUAGCUAAAGCCGGUUGGGUCCCUCUUAUCGAUUUAGAAUAA